AUGGGAGGGGCGCGAGGGAGUAUGUACUCGCCGGUUCGCUUCGGCGAGCUCACGCACCCUGUCGUCUUGGAUGGAGGCAUGGUGUUGCUAGGGCGUCGCUGUGCUCAGCAGCGACGUCACGAAGAUUUCACUAGACACCGCCGCGAGGCGGUGUAA